AUGUCGUUCCUGGACAAGUUCCGCACAGCAGCGCAGAAAGCGGGAGUGCAAGCCAACGCCUUUGCCCAACAGACGGGCAAGGCGAUCAACGAGCAGGCGGCUACCGCCCGAGCAGGCUUUUCGUUGCCUAAAGAGUGUGAGCGGGCGGCGACGAUCCUGCAGGCCUUCCUCGCCGACCCAGAUCAUCCCGACUCAGCGCUCAACUCGAUCCCCAAAGCCGUGCUCCAGCAGGCCAAAGGUCUGGCCGUAUUCAGCGUGAUCAAGGCCGGCUUUGUGUGGUCGGGCAAGAUCGGUAGCGGCGUCGUCAUCGCCCGUUUGCCGGAUGGGAGCUGGUCCGCCCCAAGCUGCAUCGGUACUGGUGCUGUGGGAUUCGGCUUGCAGAUUGGCGCUGAUCUGACCGAAUUUGUCGUCGUCAUGAACAGCGACGAGGCCGUAAAGGCGUUUGCGUACGCAGGGAACCUUACGAUCGGUGGCACGCUCUCCGCUGCUGCAGGACCCAUCGGUACCGGUGGUGAUAUCCGCAUCGCCAUCCGCGACCCAGCUCCGCUUUUCACGUACUCGAGAUCUAAGGGUCUCUUCGCGGGCAUUUCACUGGAGGGAACCGUGCUCGUCGAACGCAAGGAGACGAACAAGGACUUCUACGGUCAACCGAUCCCAGCGGUGGAUCUGCUGAUGGGAAAGGUACCCGCACCGGAAGCGGCGAGCGCCAUGUACGAGGUCGUCGAGGCGGCAGAGAUGAUGGACGAGAGCGGCGUGCCGCAGCAGUCGUACGUGCCCACAGGCGAGCCUGGACAGGCAGCGCCGGUCGCUGGAUACGAUCUGUCGGGCGCUCAGGCUGCGGCGCCGGGUCCGGCUGCGGGUGCAGUGCCAACAGGGUCAACGACCGCGCCCACAGGUGCAGCAACGGCCAACAAGCCCAUCUUCGAUUCCGAGAAGCACUAA